AUGAAGGCCUUGACCGAGUGGGUUGGAAUCUGGCCUGUUUCUUGUCGUUUAAUCCAAGCGAUAUCGGAUCCAGACUUUUCCCGCACAAUUGGCCUGAGUCGAAAUCGCCUGCACAAUCUCCAGCAUAAUGCAGCUAAGCUUGGCCGAGUGAAGCAUUCCGGUGUCCGCUGGUCCCAGCAAGAGUCACGAUCAUUCUUGAGCCUGGCUAACAAUUUAUAUCCGUCUUGUGACACACAAACCAUGGUGUUCACGAGAUUGGAGCGGUAUUUUCCUAAUCGAUCGGCUAUCAGCAUCAAAACCAGGUUACGGGUGCUUAACUGGCAAGCACAACAGGACGAAUGA